AUGUCGAUACAGGAUGAUCACCCCUUUGGCAAGGACAAAGAGAAGCGUUCAAAAUGGAAGAUCUUUAGUUCCUCGAAAGACAAGGACAGGGAGAAGGACAAAGACAAGCGCAAAAGUCAAGAACUUCAGAUCCCGGAAACAGCAGAGACUUCAGGCGAUUCGACAUAUGGAAGCAGUGAACCAAACAAUUCAUUGACGACAGAGGGCGAUCUGAGUAAAACGAAGAGUAACAGUGGAUUGAGUCCAGGGAAGACACCAGACAAUGCGACACCUACCCCAAACCUCAACCCAAAUUCGGGACCAGACUCUUACACCAGCCCGACCAUCAAAAGAGAGACAGUGACCAAUCCAAAUACCGGACAGACAAUUACAACUACAACGACGACUACAACUACUACCACGACCGUGACAAACUCCAACGGCACAACCCAAACAAUUGAGGAACCUCAUCCAGUCAUGGAGUUACCAACCGUCAGCAACCAAGACGUCACACCAUCCCCGCAUCCACCGCCUGUAGCACAGCCAGAGCCCGUACAACACAUAACGCCCACGCCCGUUGAACCAUCCCCAAUUACCCCAACAGCACGUCGCAAGAGCCUAGAGACUCCAGGCCGACGCCUUAUUCCACCCCGCGAUCCGAUUCCCUCUCAGAUUUCCAGCUCCGAUAACAAUUCACCCGCAAUUCCAGAGCGAAACGUCAGACGCUCGGCCGAGUUCGUUCCAGCGCCUUUACAAGUUGGCCAGGGCGCUUUCCCGCCCCCGCCUGCGCCUGGAGAUAAACCUUCUGCUGUGAAUUAUUCCCGACCUGCUAAUAAAUCGACAAUUGCGAAUUUGAAAUCCGCCGCCGCUGGUAUCCAUGGCGCCGGCGAAACUCUUCGUGGAACACUUAACUCCAGCGUUGACAAACACUUCGGUGGCACCCCCCAGGCAAUUGAGAAGAACCAAGCAGCCAUCGACGCAGGCCGCUACGAGAUCAACAACCGCACAUUCUACCAUCCAAACGAAUACCGUCUAACACGACCAGAAGGCUCCGGCUCUUCCCCCGAAAGACCGCCUGUUCCUGAUGCUCAAUACGACGAUCCGCCGUUCAACAUGGGAAACACAACAGGAAGUCCUGCGUUAGGUGCAUCCAUUCGUAUUGAAGCAUCCUCACAUCGAGACACGAAAGUUGUAACGCCAAAGUUCAUUAUUGGUAUCUGA